CCUCGGGGACGGGCUUUCGGCUGAGCGGCGAGAAGUCCUGGGUGCCCGAUGCCAGCACGGCACACUGGCUCAUCGUGCCCGCCCGCACCCGCGGCUCGGAAGGGGAUGCGUCGAGCAUCUCCCUGUUCCUGGUUCCGGCUGAUUCGCCCGGGCUGCGGCGCACCGACUUUCGCAGCCCUGAUCACCAGCACAUCAGCCAGCUGCAGAUGGAUGGACUGAACGUUCCCGAAUCGGCGCUGCUGGGGCCCCUGCAUGAGGGCCUGGCGCUACUGGAGUACGCGGUGGACCAUGCGAUCGCAGCACGCCUGGCCGAGGCCUGCGGCGCGAUGGAUGCGGUCAGCGAAAUGACGCUCGACUACCUCAAGGUGCGCAAGCAGUUCGGCACGACCAUAGGCAGCUUCCAGGCGCUGCAGCACCGCAUGGUCGACAUGAGCAUUGCUUGCGAAGAGUCCCGCUCGAUGCUGCAGCUGGCGCUGGACGGCCUGGACGCCCCGCCUGCCCAGCGCAGGAGGUCCAUCGCCGCUGCCAAGGCGCGAAUCGGCCAGUGCGGCCUGUACGUGGGCUACCAGGCGGUGCAAUUGCACGCGCGAUCGCUUCAUCGCGCUGUCGGACGCAGUGCCCGCCGCAGUGUCGCAAGACGUUGCUUCCAACGUAAAACAGGAGCAGAUGGCAUGAGCGAACCGGCCGCAUCCCGCUGGAACCUGGCCGACAUCUUCGAUGGUGUGGCUGCGCGUGUUCCCGCAGACCGACCUGCCAUCGUGCAAGGAGACAAGGUGGUGAGCUGGGGCGAACUCGACGCACGCAGCAACCGCGUUGCGCGUGCCCUGAUCGCCGCCGGGCACGGCGCUGGCGAAAGGGUGGGGUUCCUGUUGAGGAACCAUCCCGGCUACAUCGAGGGCUUUGUGGCCUGCCUCAAGUCGCGCUUGAUCCAUGUGAACCUCAACUACCGGUACACGGUGGAUGAGGUCGCAGGCGUUCUGGAAGACGCUGGUGCCACGGCCUUGCUCUACCAGCAAGAGUUCGCCCCGCUGGUGGCCGAGCUGACCACGCGCUUGCCGGCACUGCGCUCACGUAUCUGCCUGGACGGAGAAAGCCUGGGUAGUGAGGCCACUGCGAGCUUUCAGGCCUGGGCGGUGCAAGGCGAUGCCAGCCCGCUGGACAUCGCGCGCGACGAGCGGGACCCGCUGCUGCUUUACACGGGCGGUACCACGGGCCGGCCCAAGGGCGUGAUCUGGCCGGGCAACCACUACCGGGCAUGCCAACUGGAAUCCCCCCUGGUGCAGCGGCGCCCUGCCAGCCUGCCAGAGCACCUGGACAUGGUCGAAGCCAACACUGCGCCCGGCCGUGUGCUGCCCGCAUGCCCGCUGAUGCACGGCGCAGGCAUCAGCAGCACGCUGGCCGAGCUGCUCAAUGGCGGCACGGCCUUGCUGCUCGCGCACCGCAGCUUUGAUCCGCACGAGCUGUGGCAACUGGCGGAGCGUGGUCGCGCGACCCGUGUGCUGAUCGUCGGCGAUGUGUUCGCGCGACCCAUGCUAGCGGCACUGGACGAGAAGCCCGGCCGCUACGACCUCUCUGCGCUUAAGGUCAUCAGCUCCGCGGGCCUGAUGUGGAGCGAGGAAAUCAAGGCAGGCUUGCUGCGCCACCUUCCCUCCGUGGUGCUGGCCGACAUCUACGGCGCGUCCGAGGCCGCGGGCCUGGGCUACGCCAUCACCACCCGGGACAAGGCCACGCCCACGGGCCGGUUCGAGCCGGGUCCGCACACCGUCAUGGUGGGCGAUGACGGGCGCAUCGUGCCGGCAGGCCAGGAGGGCGAAGGCUGGCUCGCCCGGGGUGAACCAUUGCCCGAAGGCUACUUCGGGGACCCUCGCAAGACCGCGGAAGUGUUCCGUACCAUCGACAGCCGGCGCUACGCCGUGCCGGGUGACCGCGUGCGGCGCCAUCCCGACGGCUCCAUGCAACUGCUCGGGCGCGGCAGCCUGGUCAUCAACUCCGGCGGCGAGAAGAUCUACGUGGAGGAAGUCGAGGAAGCCCUCAAGCGGCUGUCGGGCGUGCGGGAUGUGCUGGUGGUGGGCGUGCCCGACGAACGCUGGGGCAAUGCCAUCGUCGCUCUGCUCGAUACAGGUGGAAUGCCUGCGAAUGCCCAGGCGUUGCGUACGGGCCUGGCGCCUUACCUCGCAGGCUAUAAGGUGCCCAAGCACUUCCUGGUGGUGGAGCAACUGCCCCGCGCCGACAGCGGCAAGGGCGAUUACCGCGCGGCGCGCGAGCUCGCGCAGGCGCAACUGGAGGCCGCAUGA